AUGUCCGACAUCACCGAGAUCCCACCAACGCCUAUCACACAUUUGUCCGAGGUCGAGACGGCAAUGCAAGAGUCUGUGUCCAAGUUCGCCAACGAUGUGAUCCUACCCAAAGUCCGAGAAAUGGACGAGGCCGAGAAGAUGGACCCUUCCAUAGUAGAGCAGCUCUUUGAGCAGGGUGUGAUGGGCAUCGAGAUCCCGGAAGAGUUCGGUGGGGCCGGAAUGAACUUCACGGCCGGGAUCCUCGCCAUUGAGGAGCUCGCUCGCGUAGACCCGUCCGUCAGCGUGCUCGUCGACGUGCACAACACGCUGGUCAACACCGCCAUCCUCAAGUGGGGAAGCAAGGACCUCCAGAAGCGUUUCCUGCCCAAGCUUGCCACCAAUACAGUGGGUUCCUUCUGCCUCUCGGAGCCUGUGUCCGGGUCAGAUGCCUUCGCGCUGGCGACGAAGGCCACUGAGACACCGAACGGAUACAAGAUCUCGGGCUCAAAGAUGUGGAUCACCAAUUCCAUGGAGGCGAACUUCUUUAUCGUAUUUGCGAACCUGGAUCCAAGCAAGGGAUACAAGGGCAUCACUGCCUUCAUUGUCGAGAGAGAGAUGAAGGGCUUCUCUAUCGCCAAGAAGGAGAAGAAACUCGGUAUCAAGGCCAGCAGCACAUGUGUCGUCAACUUCGACGAUGUCGAGGUUCCCAAGGAGAACCUGCUGGGUGAGGUGGGCCAAGGCUACAAGUAUGCCAUCGGUCUCCUAAAUGAAGGCCGGAUAGGUAUCGCCGCGCAGAUGACUGGUCUUGCGCUGGGUGCGUGGGAAAAUGCCGCCAGAUACGUCUGGAACGACCGGAAGCAAUUCGGCCAGCUGGUCGGCGAGUUUCAAGGCAUGCAGCACCAGAUUGCACAGUCAUACACCGAGAUUGCGGCUGCGCGCGCGCUGGUGUACAAUGCCGCCCGGAAGAAGGAGGCUGGUGAGGACUUCGUCAGAGAUGCCGCCAUGGCGAAGCUGUACGCGUCACAGGUGGCUGGCAGAGUCAGCGGCCUUGCGAUUGAGUGGAUGGGAGGUAUGGGCUUCGUAAGAGAGGGGCUGGCCGAGAAGUACUGGAGAGACAGCAAGAUUGGUGCUAUCUAUGAAGGAACGAGUAACAUCCAGUAA